AAGACUUCAGGCAGGAAGUGGCCAGGGGAACCCAAGUGAAGAGGUUUUGGCUUUUUGGGUGAAUACUUUCAUUGUGUUUUGAGGCAGUGUGGGCAGCAUAUUAUACUUGGACAUCCAAGUGUAUUGUCUUGGUUACCAUGGCAAAAAAAAAUAAUUCUCGAGGGAUUCCUGUUGGCCACAUGAGCCUUGCAGUGUCAGACGGAGAGUUGAAUAUGUCUGCACGGAGCACCACAGGCAGCAGCCACAGCCUUCCUGGCACCCCGGGCGGGGAGGCCUGCCCGGCUAACAAUGUGCUAAGCUGGGCCGUCUCCUUUGAGAAGCUGCUGGAAGACCCCAGUGGAGUCAACUACUUUACAGCUUUUCUGAAAUCCGAGGUGAGUGCGGAGAACAUCUUAUUCUGGCAAGCGUGUGAAAAGUUCAAGAAGAUCCCAGCCACUUCAUUGGAUGAGCUGAAGACAAGAGCUCGCUCCAUCUAUGAAACGUACUUGUCUGCAAGUGCUCCCCACUCAGUCAACAUCGAUGACACGGCCAAGAAAGAUGAAAAUGACUUGGAGCAACCCACCCCUGAAAUGUUUAACAAGGCUCAAGCGCAGAUAUUUAAGUUGAUGAAGAUGGAUAGCUACAGACGCUUUGUGCGCUCUCCUCUCUACCAAAACUGCACUUUGGCGAGCGUAGAAGGCAAACGAUUACCUCAGCUCUACGCAGAACCUUUCCGCACGGUCUCCUGGGAGGAUGUGGCCAAUCGAAGCUCAAACAUGCGUGAUAAAAAGAGCAAGCAGUCAGAUGAAAGCACUUUCCCAGUUGGCAAAAGCAACAAACAGCACCCCAAAAGAGGAUCCUGGGGAGAUGCAACCAACAACAAUGUUUCACUGUAUCAUAGAGAGCCCAACGCUGUCAAGUCGAGAAGUAAUGCGGAGCUCGACUCCCUCUACAGGCUGACAGAGAAUGGCCAAUCGUGUCCUCGCUCUCCGGAGCAAGCUGGCAUCUCUGGAGGACGCUGUGGCUUGGAGGGGGGCUACUGCUGUGUCUACCUGCCUGAUGGCAGUGCCUCCUUGGCUCCGACCCCUCAUGGCCGGCCCAUCAGAGAGAUGCUGGCUGGCCUGUGUGAGAAAAGAGGCUUCCCACUGAAAGAUGUCUUCAUCUACCUUAAAGGCAAAGACAAGCCAUUAUCACUGGACCAGGACUGCUCUGUACUGAGAGAUCAGCAGGUUUCGCUUGAGCUUCGGGUGAUGUUUGUACUGCAUAAUGCAUUUACUGGAAAGACCGGUGGAAUUAUGGCAAAGUCCAGUAAGACACUGCAGGAUGCACUGUCCACAGUGUUACAGAAACAUAGUCUCAAGCCUCACGAAGCCCUACUUACCAUUGUUGGGAGUGACGAGACAGUGAACAUGGACACGACUUUGUUCAGACUGGCUAAUAAGCAGCUACGGCUUGACAGAGCUAGAGGAAAAGACCAAAGCAACAUCACUGGAGCCAGCAGAACUGCUGCUGCCACACACGCCGGAUCAGGUGGUCCGGAGACCCGAUUGUCCCUCCACACCGACAAAGAAAAGACCUCACCAAAGCCCAGUAAGAACCCCGACAUGGAUGAGCUCCUGGAAAUGCUGACCAGGGCCCACUGCAGCAGGGUCGACGACCAGCGAGGUCUCCUCACCAAAGAACACCUCGAGGUUCCUCUCUUCCUGCAACUGUCCCCAGAUCAGGAGGAUCCAUCAUCCCAAGAGUUGAGCACAACCGACUCUUCUACUGCACAUUCAGGCAAGGUUACUGAGAACUCACCACCCUCUGGUUCAGCUGAAUCGGAACCCAAAGACUUGCGAGAAACGUCCGUAUAAAAGACCGUGUGUGGGGAGGCGGGCUGUGAAGAACAUUUGCCACACUCAUAUGGCCACAUGAAUUUUGUGUAGUACUUUUUAAUCACUGUUUAAAAAAAAAUAAAAAAAAGCUCUCGGGCAACUUUGUGCUACCUGUUCUACUAAAACGACUCGUUUUAGUAGAACAGAAAAUACAAAGAAGGCAUGAGGAAACCUUUGACAAACACUACACUUCUUUAUAAGGAGUGUUUUAUGUGAAAUUUUUUGAUUCAACAAAAAUGAAAGUACCUUGCGGUAAUGCAUUUGGCUCCAAUUGUUUCACUUAUAUUUCAAUAAAAUUUCACUUCACAUGACAUGUAUUCCUCAAUGUCAGUGCUUCACUAUAAACUAUAGCUACACGGGACUGCGCAGUUUCUGAAGACUAUUGCAUGUUGUUUAAAGUCAAGAGUAUGCAGUGUUUUUAGUUUUGAAUGGACCUAUAUGCAUGCUUGUUUUCCUAAGGUUUGCUUUUCCUAAGACUAUUGUAUGUUUUAAUUCAAUAGUAUGCAGUGUUUUUAGUUUUGAAUGGAUGGACCUAUGUGCAUGCCUGUUUUCCUAAUGUUUAAUUUUCCCAGAGUGUUUUGUUUGCUGUGAUGACACAAAGUCUUGCUUGACUGCCAUCUCACUCUUGUAAUUCACAGCAUUAUUCUUAUUAUUAUCACCACUUAACAUUGUAAUGCGAGGAGUCAGUAAGUUGGUUUAGCAGCCCAGGGGGACUGUCCAAACAAUUAAAAUCUUGUCAAAUAUGAA